ACCGAGUCAAAUCAGGUGCCACACAAAAUUCGCUUGGCCUUUUACAGCCACGCUGUUUCACUCAUCUCUCUCUCUCUAACAACCUUUCUCAAGCUCCCCCAGUGGAAACAAUAUUAGCAGCUAAAAAGGUGCUACACAUUCAUUCGUCGCCACUGAUUGAGAUAUUGUCAUAGAUUUUGCAAUGCACCGUGUGGGUAGUUCUGGUAACACAGCAAACAACUCAACUCGCCCUAGAAAGGAGAAAAGAUUAACUUAUAUUUUGAAUGAUGCUGAUGAUACAAAGCAUUGUGCAGGCAUAAAUUGUUUGGUUGUACUCAAGUCUGCAGUCUCUGAUGUGUCCGAUUAUCUCUUCACUGGGAGCCGUGAUGGCAAGCUAAAACGAUGGUCACUAGGUGAUGAUGCCGCGACGUGCUCUGCUACUUUUGAAUCUCAUGUUGAUUGGGUUAAUGAUGUAGUUCUUGUGGGAGAUGGUACACUUGUUUCUUGUUCAUCAGAUACUACCCUUAAGACAUGGAAUGCCUUGUCCAAUGGAGUUUGUAAUAGGACACACUGCCAACACUCAGAUUAUGUUACUUGCCUUGCAGCGGCUGAAAAAAAUAGCAAUAUCAUUGCCUCUGGUGGCCUUGGCGGGGAGGUAUUUAUAUGGGAUCUUGAAGCUGCACUUGCUUCAAAGUGCAAUGAUAUUAUGGAUGAUGAAACUUCAAAUGUUAUCAACGGUUCUUGCAACUCAAAAUCUACUAUAGCCUUACGAAGCAGCAGCUCAAGUAACAGUAUAUCCUUGCACAGUACUCAAACUGAAGGAUACAUUCCAAUUGCUGCAAAAGGCCACAAGGAGUCUGUUUAUGCUUUGGCAAUGAAUGAAGUUGGAACCCUUCUUGUCUCUGGUGGCACAGAAAAGGUUGUCCGUCUGUGGGACGCAAGAUCCGGAUCAAAAACUUUGAAGCUAAAAGGACAUACAGAUAACAUCAGGGCUCUUCUUCUGGAUCCUACUGGGAGGUUUUGUAUAUCAGGAUCUUCAGACUCUAUGAUAAGGCUUUGGGAUCUUGGUCAGCAGCGUUGUAUCCACUCUUAUGCAGUUCAUACAGAUUCUGUCUGGGCUCUUGCCAGCACUCCUUCAUUUAGUCAUGUUUAUAGUGGUGGUAGAGACUUAUCAUUAUACAUUACAGACUUGCAAAUGAGGGAAAGUGUUUUGCUUUGUACAGGCAAACACCCCAUACUUCAGUUAGCUUUGCAUGAUGAUAGCAUAUGGGUUGCAUCAACUGAUUCUUCUGUUCAUAGAUGGCCUGCUGAAGGGCGCAACCCUCAAAAGAUUUUCGAAAGUGGCAAUUCUUUCUUAGCUGGAAAUUUGUCCUUUUCGAGAGCGAGGGUGUCACUAGAAGGAUCUACUCCUGUUCCUGCAUAUAAAGAACCAACCUUGACUAUUCCUGGUAUCCCUGCUAUAAUACAGCAUGAAGUUUUAAAUAAUAAGAGGCAUGUCCUGACAAAGGAUUCCUCGGGUUCAGUGAAAUUGUGCGAAAUUACUAAAGGUGUUGUUAUUGAAGAUUUUGGGAAGGUUUCGUUGGAGGAGAAAAAGGAAGAGCUGUUUGAGAUGUUUAAUUUAUUCUGGCUUCUUUUUUUUUAUAUAAAAAAAAUAAUUGUGUACCUUAAUAUUUUAGGCAAGCCUGAAGAGGAUAAGGUCAACUUGGCUCGUGAAACCCUCAAAGGUCUCUUUGCUCAGUGGUUGAUAGAACAAAAGAAAAGAACAGGAAGCCCAGCUUCUGCUAACGGAGAUUUGAAGGAUAUUGCUACUAAAUGUCAUGCUCAUUCAGGAGUUGAGGUUGAUGGUAGUUCUGAGAAUGAUGCUAUGGUUUAUCCUCCGUUUGAAUUCUCAGUUAUUUCCCCUCCUUCCAUUGUUACGGAGGGAACUCAUGGAGUUCCAUGGAGAAAGAAAAUGACCGACUUAGAUGGAACUGAGGAUGAGAAAGACUUGCCUCUGUGGUGUUUGGAUUGUUUAUUGAAUAACCGACUACCUCCUAGAGAAAAUACUAAAUGCAGUUUCUUUUUGCAUCCAUGUGAUGGUUCAAUUGCUCAGAUCCUCACUCAAGGGAAGCUAAGUGCUCCACGAAUAUUAAGAGUUCAUAAAGUUGUUACUUAUGUUUUAGAAAAGCUGGUGCUUGACAAACCACUUGAUAAUGGGAAUGCUGAUGGAAAUGUUGCCCCUGGACUUGCUGGGUCACAGAUACAGCACCAAGCAGUUCGGGAGGGACCUACUCGAUCUGGAUCCAAGUCCUGGCAAAAGAUUAGGCCUUCUAUUGAAAUUUUGUGUAACAAUCAGAUAUUGCCUCCCGAAAUGAGCUUAGCUACAGUAAAAACUUACAUAUGGAAAAGACAAGAUGACCUAGUCCUAAAUUACAGAGUGGUUCAAGGAAGGUGACAGCAAAUUGCACAUUUCAGAGCUUUUCUUGCUAUUGUGUAAACUACUUCUGAGCAUUGAUUCUUCUUGGGAGGCCCCUUUGAUCUGUGGCUUCAUGGAAGAUUUGCAAAUCCCAAACACUGACUGAUCAUCAAUUUUUUAGUGGUAUUCUUCAAACCUGCUUGGAUAGAUUCUACUUUAUUAGAGAGCUGUUACUAUAAAUUUUGAAUGGAAAAGUUAUAUAUCCAGCUGGUGUGCUUUCUUUCAAUGGAGAUGAUGGAGUCAUGGAAGUUUUGAUCCUUGCAAGAUAUUUUCUAAUGGACUCUGUUGAGGAUUUAGAGGGGAUCAUGCUCGAGCUGGCAUAUAUUCAAGUAGGUAGAAGGUUUAGAUAUGACAACGAAAGCAUUGUACAUUUGACUUGUGCUUAAUACAUAGCCAUAGAAAUUCUGUUCUCAAGGUGUAUCUUCACAUCUUCACUUGUUCUGCUUUCUUUGGUUUUGAAAUUUUGUCAAUUUUUCUAAUUUUUAUUAUUACAUUUAA